GAGCCUCUCGGUCGCCAUUUUGUGAUGCCGCUCCGCAGAGCGCCUGCUAUAGGCUGUCUUUUCACGGGUGGACAGAGCCAAAGGGAUGGCAACUAUCCGCAUGUGAAGAUCCCCCGAAAGGUGCGAGGGAAACUAGGUGGAGAGAAGACAGAGGACACCUGUAAGAAACUACGGAGGACUGCAUCACCCAGCGUACCCGGCGUUCUUGCACAUGCGCAGAGUUUCGGAGGGCAACAGUCCGCGCAUGCUCAGUUGCGAUGCAGUUUUCACUUGACAGUAGCUUCGAGAUGGUUUAAAGCUGUUUUACUGCAGACGAUCAGUCUGUGUUCCUCGUUCCUACCACAUUCCGCGUCUGUGGUACAGAAAACACCCCUCUUCAGAUAUGCAAGACCAUUUUUCUGAACACAGCAAGAAAAUUCUUCAUGCUUUGAACAAACAACGUGAAGAUGGUAAAUUUUGUGAUGUGACUCUGGACCUAGGAGGUUACUGUUUAAAUGCACACCGCAGUAUCCUGGCAUGUUGUAGUAAUUUCUUCCACAAUAUUUAUGGAGCUGGCACAUCGGCUGAAGUCAACCUUCCUGAGAGUUGCUCUGGUGUUUUGGGCCUUCUGUUUGACUUUAUAUACACGGGUGAGCUUCAUUUGACACAGACAAAUGUCUCCAAGGUGCUAAGUGCAGCAGAGGAGCUUUCAAUCCCUGAUGCUAUUCAGGCUUGUCACCAUUAUCAGCAGAAGUUCAUCGAUGAUGAGGGGAGGAGUGAUGAAACUGUAAGCAGCCAACAAACAGAUGAAUGUGAACCUGCAAAGGCACCAGUGGACACUAUAACACAAACUGGAGAAACUGAAGUUCUCGAGGGACAAAUCACAAAUAAUGAUUUUGGACAAUUAGGCAAAAGGAGCACCAGAUGCAAUAAGAAACAAAAACUUGAGUUGCUAACUGAGAAACAGAAUGACAAAAUAAGAUCCCUUGCUGUUCAGAAAAGAUCUAAAAAUUCCUUGACAUCCCACAGAAGCCCCAGUUCUAAACAGCUGAAGAAAGCCAAAGAAGGUGACUCAGGAGACAGCAGUGAAGAGAACUGUCAUGAGAGCACCAGUGGCAACAGUGACCCUAGCUUGGACGUGGACAUUGUUAAAGUGGAGGACAAUGAGGAAGGUACAAACAACAAGGGAGAACUGGACCAUGAUUAUAUUCCAUCUAGGCACAAUUGCAGAAAACGGAGAAAAGUUGGUGUGCUAGAUAACACAGCAUUAGUGCUGGGUAUAUCUAAGCGCAAGGCCUCAGACCCAUCAAACAGAAAGAAUGAGCCCAUUGAGUGUCCAACUUGUCAUAAGAAGUUUCUCAGCAAAUAUUACCUCAAAGUUCACAACAGAAAACACACAGGAGAGAAACCCUUUAAAUGCAGCAAGUGUGGAAAAUGCUAUUUCAGGAAAGAAAAUCUACUUAAACACGAGGCUAGGAACUGCAUGACCAGGACGGGUGUGGUUUAUACUUGCCCUGAGUGUAACCAAACAUUUAAAGGAAGGAUUGAGCUAAGGAACCACUUGGUAUCUCACACAGGUGAGAUGCCCUUUAAGUGCUCCUCAUGUCCUCAGCAGUUCAUGCAGAAGAAAGAUAUGCAGAGUCAUAUGAUCAAAUCUCACGGAGCACCAAAACCAUUCCCGUGUCCCACUUGUUCCAAAUGUUUCCUCUCCCGCAACGACUUGCAUCAGCACGAAUUGUCCAAGCAUCAGGGAGAGAAGCUGUUUGUGUGCGAGGAGUGUGGUCACAGGGCUUCUACGCGCCAUGGCUUGCAGAUGCACAUAAAAUCCAAACACAGGAACGAGCGGCCGUAUAUUUGUGAAUUCUGUGACCGUGGGUUCACCCAGAAGGGCAAUUUGAAUGUCCAUCUGCGGACACAUACAGGCGAGAAACCAUUCCAAUGUCAUUUGUGUGGAAAAACUUUCAGGAUCCAAGCGAGUCUGGACAAACAUAACAGGACUCACACAGGUGAACGGCCGUUUGGUUGUGAGAUCUGCAGCCGAAGAUUUACAGAGAGGGGUCCUCUCCAUCGUCACAUGGCCAGCAAGCACCAGGAAGGUCGGCCACAUGAUUGCAACAUCUGUGGGAAAACCUUUAAAGCCAUUGAUCAGUUGCGCGUUCAUGUCGGAAGGCACAAAGGGGUGAGAAAAUUUGAGUGUAGUGAAUGUGGCUAUAAAUUCACUCGACAGGCUCACCUGAGGAGACACAUGGACAUACAUGGGCGAGUGGAAAACUACAGUCCCCGUCAGCGAAGGCUCCGGAAUCUUAUCAUUUCCAAUGAGAAAGAGGGAGACGCCGAGGCAAAUGCAGCUCCACAGAUGACUGGCCUGCUUGAGGCUCCUCCUCCUCCUCCCAUAGCUGCAAAAGAACUGACCAGUGAGAACACAGACACCAGAGACCUCUCUGUUCAACGGUUCUUAGACAAUAGGAACUACGACCCAGAAGAGAACGUGAUGCCAACAGUCAGUGAAACAGACACUUACGUAGAAGAGAUUACCAUAGUUGAGAUAUAAGGAACUGUUGCUCUGGUAAUUCACAACCCCAGGUCCCAAUUCAUUUUGGUCUACACUUACAGGAGAGUCACAAACCAGAUCUGUUCCUGUCCUCAAUAUCUUCUGGAUGGCACCAGGAGUAUUUCGUUCCUUACUAAUAUUCAACAGAAGCUCCAGUGUGGAUUGCUGGUGGAUUUGCUUAAAGAGCCCCAUGGCAUUACUCAAAUAGAGCACACAAUGAUUGAUGUAGCAACAAUUUUCCUAACAACCAAAUGAUUACCCAACAUUCAUUUCAGUGUGGGUAGGAUACUGUUCUGUAAAAUAGCCAUUGUAUUGAGUAAAUGUGAAAACUGGCACUGCUCUAGAUAAGUGCACACAUUUAUUUAGUACUCAUUUAUUUUACUUACCAUCUGAAAUGUAUUUAAUUCACAAUGGUCUUAGGACUGCUCCAUGUGCUUAAAAAAAAG